AAGUAGUUCGCGUCCCUCUCAAACUCUCUUUGUCAGGUGGCGCUCCGAGCGUCACAAGCCGAUACGACACCUGUCGUCUGCUAGUGUGAAAAGGGAGGAAAAACAGGGAAAUCUACCUGCAUUGUGUAAAAAACCAGGAUAUAUACUACAGAUUCCAUCAAACGUUGUAGAGGGCGAAGCGUGUUUUGAUAGGUCGCAGUUCAUCUAUUGACUGGAAGGCGACAUUAUUCACGUGACAUGUCGAGCUCUGACCUCGUGACACAAGGUGGCACGGUCGUGCGUGACCAGGGCAUCGGGCGACAAUUUAGCGAAGAAAGUUACAAUGACAAUCACCGUACGGACAGUUCGUUCAUUGGGCUCCGCCUACCAAGUCGUCCGCACCGGCCAGGAAAACACCACCAUAAACACCGGGGCAAGACCAGCGCGUCGUACACCGUAAAUCACACCGACUCCGUGGCUCCCACCGCUGUAGAAAACUAUAUCGCGUCUAUGUCCCCGAGUGAAAAGAUUCAGCAUUUGAUCGGAGAGAUUGACGAGGAAACUCACAACAUUUUCUGUCAGCUAGACACACUGCAGCGAAUCGGUAUCGAGUACCAGUGGAGAGAGGCAGCGAGAUGGGUGAAAUACGAAGAGGAUGUAGAGGAGGGCGGUUCGAGGUGGUCCAAGCCUCACGUGGCCUCGCUAUCCCUUCAUUCCCUAUUCGAGUUGAGGUCCUCUCUUCUGCAAGGAGCAGUCAUGCUUUCAAUGGAUGCUUACCACAUCGGUCAAAUUGCAGAUAUGAUCCUGGACUCGCUGAUCAACAACAAACAGUUAGAAGAGAGUCUGAGAGACCCAAUCAGGACGGCCAUGGUGUCCUUCCAUUGGAACCAGCACCAGAAACGCAGGCGCAGCAUAAUGCCAGGCGAUGACGAUCCUAGCAAAGCCGGCUUCAAGAGGCGUUCAAUGAAGAGAACGUUCUCGGAAAUCGGUCGUUCGUUCUCUGUCAAGGGUAGAGAAAACAGCCAAGGUCACUUACCCCAUCGGUCGGCCGCAAAUCUCCGUAGCAACCCUAACAGUAUCCCGAACAUGGAGAACAUGGGUGACCUGCCCGACUCCGCCUCCUCUACUAAGUUAAAUGUGGACUUCAUGAGGAAGAUCCCAGAGGGCGCAGAGGCUGCCAACAUCAUGAUAGGCGAAAUGGACUGCCUCAAGUACCAAGUGACGGCAUUUGUCCGUCUAACGGAGGGGCGUCACGUGGGUGACAUGACGGAAGUACCAAUUCCCACACGAUUCAUCUUCAUCUUGCUUGGUCCCACUGGAAGCUACGCCAAAAACUUUGAGAUGGGGCGGUCCAUAUCUACCAUCCUCGUUGACGAGGUAUUCCGGGAAGUGGCAUACAAAGCCAGGAACCGACAGGAUCUGUUAUCCGGGAUAGACGAGUUCCUGGACCAGGGGACAGUUCUGCCACCCGGAGAGUGGGAUCCUAAGAUUCGUAUCGAGCCACCUGACAGUGUACCAUCACAGGAAGGAAGAAAGGUAGCAAAAGUACCGACAACUAAUUCCGUCCCAACCACGAACGGAUCCCCAGUGGCUCCCAAGGCGGGCCCUCAGGAGGAGGAAGAAGAGGAGUCUCACUGCGAUCCCACCCUCCAGCGAUCUGGCAGAUUAUUCGGCGGGCUGAUCGCUGAUGUAAAGCGCAAGAUACCAUUCUACUGGAGCGAUUACAAGGACUGUUUUCAUAUUCAGUGUGUGGCCUCUGUCAUCUACCUUUUCCUUGCCACCCUCACCCCUAACGUCACAUUCGGCGGUCUCCUCGGACAGGCCACGGAGCAGUACAUGGGCACAAUGGAAUGUAUCCUGACGGCGUCCCUGUGCGGUAUCUUGUUUGCCUUAUUUGCGGGUCAGCCCCUUAAUAUCCUGGGCAGUACAGGACCAAUGUUGGUGCUAGAAAUGAUCCUCUUCAACGUUUGUAAGGAUCAGGGCCUUGUCUACAUGCCUUUCCGAUGUUGGGUAGGUCUCUGGACGGCGGGAUAUUGUAUAAUAAUCGUGGCCUUUGACCUAAGCGCUCUAGUCAGAUACAUCACGCGGUUCACAGAGGAAAGCUUCGCCUGCCUCAUUGCUAUCAUCUUCAUCUAUGAAGCCUUCAAGAAGGAACUCGGCAUUAUCAAGAAGUAUCCUCUGAACCCGCAUCACUAUAGCGACGUGUGCGACUGCUUGAACCCAAUUUUCAACGAAACACUCAUCAACGGAACCAACUUCAACGCCACAUACAGUGGAUAUAACGUGUACUCUCAAGGGGCAGAGAACUCCAGCAAUAUGGUAGUAGAUUGGCGCAACUUCAGCACUUCCUCGUGCGAGAUGUACAACGGGACAUUGGCAGGGGAGGGAUGCGAGGAGCAUGCUGAGUUCAAACCCAAUGUAUUCUUCCUCUCUAUUCUCCUCUUCCUCGGCACCUACGUCAUCGCUUCCACGCUCACUGGCAUGAAGACCGGCCAAUUUUUCCCUUCUGCUGUACGUCAACUUCUAAGUGACUUCGCCGUCCUCAUAUCCAUCAUCGUCAUGGUUGGCAUAGACAUGUUGAUCGGUGUACCAACGCCAAAACUUAAUGUACCUACCGAAUUCACUACGAGUAAACCUGGCCGCGGAUGGUUAAUCAACCCGAUCCACCCUGACAACCCCUGGUGGUUGGCAAUAGCAGCUUGUGUUCCCGCUGCGUUGGCGGUAAUCCUUGUGUUCAUGGACCAACAGAUCACAGCUGUCAUCGUCAACAGGAAGGAGAACAAACUCAAGAAAGGCAGUGGUUACCAUUUAGAUAUGAUGGUGGUUGCCAUAUGCAUUAUCGCCUGCUCCUUCCUUGGUCUGCCCUGGUAUGUAGCCGCCACCGUCUCUGCCUUGGCUCAUGUCAUGAGUCUUAAAAAGGAGUCGGAGUGCACUGCCCCUGGCGAAAAACCUACCUUCCUUGGCGUCCGGGAACAGCGUGUUACCGCACUAAUGGUUGGAAUCCUCAGCGGUUUGUCUGUGUUUUUGACAAAGGUCCUGGGUGUGAUUCCUAUGCCUGUGCUGUACGGAGUGUUCUUGUACAUGGGAGUGGCUGCCCUCCGGGGAAUGCAGUUCGUGGACAGGUUAGCAAUCAUAUUCAUGCCUUCAAAAUAUCAACCCGACCGUUUGUAUCUUCGGCACGUGAGGAUCAAGCGUGUUCACCUGUUUACCUUCAUCCAAAUCAUCUGCUUGUCUAUUCUGUGGGUCAUCAAGCAGGUCAAGUCGAUUUCAAUUGUGUUCCCUAUUAUGGUUGCCGGUACAUGUUUUGUGCGGUUGGCCAUGGAAAAAGUCUUUACCCAGCAUGAGCUGAAAUGGCUGGACGAUAUCAUGCCCGAGGACAAAGCUCGGGCAAAGGAAGACAAGGGUAAAAGUGAGACUGAAGGUUUACUAGAAGAAGAGUAUGAAAAAAAGGAAUCUAAAGGAAACUUUGAUGAACGUGUAAACAUCUCCGAGGAAAUGAGCAAAACGUCAAUCUGGUUACAAGUCCGACGUGACUCGUGUCGACAGGACAACGAAGACAUAGGGAUGCGUGUGAACAAAAAGCGGAAAGACAGAAAAAACAAAGAAUUAAGUGAAAAGGAAGAGAAAGCAGCAUUUUACUUCGGCGAUGAAGAAGAAGACAAACUUAAAGAAGUUCCAGAAUAAAUUGUCCGUUGUCAAUUCCAUCACCUUGCCUCCAUAGAAUGUGAGCAAUGUAUGUUUGAGAUCGAUCUCUACCACGUGUUGUCGUUUCUGACGCUCUGAUAUAGCUAAAGUUAAACUUUAAAAUAUCUUUUUUUCUCCUAAAAUAGCAUCAUUAUAAUUUUAUUAUCUUAAUUCAUUUUGUAAUAACCUAUCUUUCUUCAUAAAUGUUUUUACAGGAGGUAACAUUUCAUUUUUUUUUCAAAAUUCUUAGCCGUCGACAAAUGUGUUUGUGAUAGUAAUUUACGACAAUGCUGCGUAGAGACCGAUAUGAGAGUCCAACC